GCUGACUCAUAUCCGCGACGGUUCUGCACGGUAUGAUGCAACCGCUCAGUUAAGGAAGCCUUCUGUGCACGUUGAGGUGACCAGGUGGCGGUGGUGCGGGGUAGAUGUCCUCGGAGGUGAUAAGGGCGACUGCAGGGAUGGUACUAGCAGAGUUGUAUGUCUCUGAUCGAGAAGGGAGCGAUGCAACGGGAGAUGGCACUAAGGAGAAACCAUUUAAAACAGGCCUGAAGGCUUUGAUGACAGUUGGAAAAGAGCCAUUUCCCACCAUUUAUGUGGAUUCACAAAAGGAAAAUGAGAGGUGGGAUGUCAUUUCUAAGUCCCAGAUGAAGAACAUUAAAAAGAUGUGGCACAGAGAACAGAUGAAGAAUGAUUCUCGGGAGAAGAAAGAGGCAGAAGAUAACUUACGAAGAGAAAAGAACCUGGAGGAAGCAAAGAAAAUUGUCAUUAAAAAUGACCCAAGCCUGCCCGAGCCGGCUUGUGUAAAGAUUUCUGCAUUAGAAGGAUAUAGAGGCCAAAGAGUGAAGGUGUUUGGCUGGGUCCACAGGUUACGCAGGCAAGGAAAGAAUUUGAUGUUUCUGGUGUUGCGAGAUGGUACAGGCUAUCUUCAGUGUGUCUUGUCAGAUGACUUGUGUCAGUGUUACAAUGGAGUAGUCUUGUCCACUGAGAGCAGUGUGGCAGUAUACGGAACACUGAACCUAACCCCAAAGGGCAAACAGGCUCCGGGAGGCCAUGAGCUGAGCUGUGACUUCUGGGAGCUGGUGGGGUUGGCCCCAGCUGGGGGUGCUGAUAACCUGAUCAACGAGGAAUCUGACGUAGACGUGCAGCUCAACAACCGGCACAUGAUGAUCCGAGGGGAGAACAUGUCCAAAAUCUUGAAAGCACGCUCCAUGAUCACCAGGUGCUUCAGGGAUCACUUCUUUGACAGGGGCUACUGUGAAGUUACUACUCCGACACUGGUGCAGACGCAGGUGGAAGGUGGGGCCACACUCUUCAAGCUUGACUAUUUUGGGGAAGAAGCGUUUCUGACCCAGUCCUCGCAGCUAUACCUGGAGACCUGCCUUCCGGCCCUGGGGGAUGUUUUCUGUAUUGCCCAGUCAUACAGGGCUGAACAGUCCAGAACACGAAGGCACCUGGCUGAAUUCACUCAUGUGGAAGCCGAGUGUCCCUUCCUGACCUUUGAGGACCUCCUGAAUCGUUUAGAGGACCUAGUGUGUGAUGUGGUGGACAGAGUCUUGAAGUCACCAGUGGCAAGCAUAGUGUAUGACCUCAACCCGAACUUUAAACCCCCUAAACGGCCCUUCAGGCGGAUGAACUAUUCAGAUGCUAUCGAGUGGCUGAGGGAGCAUGAUGUAAAGAAAGAAGACGGGACGCUUUAUGAAUUUGGAGACGAUAUUCCCGAAGCUCCUGAAAGACUGAUGACAGACACCAUUAAUGAGCCAAUCCUGCUGUGUCGGUUUCCUGUGGAGAUCAAGUCCUUCUAUAUGCAGAAAUGUCCUGAGGAUCCUCGACUCACUGAAUCUGUUGACGUGUUGAUGCCCAGUGUCGGUGAGAUUGUGGGUGGCUCCAUGCGCUCUUGGGAUAGUGAAGAAAUUCUAGAAGGCUAUAAAAGGGAAGGAAUUGACCCCGCUCCUUAUUAUUGGUAUACAGAUCAGAGAAAAUAUGGCACAUGUCCUCAUGGAGGCUAUGGCUUGGGCUUGGAAAGAUUCCUAAGUUGGAUUCUGAACAGGUAUCACAUCCGAGAUGUGUGCUUGUACCCUCGAUUCGUCCAGCGCUGCAGGCCAUAACCAAGUGCCCUGAAGCAUGAAGGAAGGGGAAAUGUUCAUGAGAUAAGACUGCCUCUGCAAAAGAACAAAAAUCUGAAACUAUCCCUUGAUGCCCCGUUGGGUGUAGUAGCUUUUUUCUGUCUAUAUGUUGUUUCUUCCCAUUACCAUAAAAAGCAGUAGGUAUGACUUGAGCAUCAAGUGACAUUGAUGUCCCUUUAAUAAAAAUAUUCAUUACAAAAUUUUGAGAAAAUACAUGGCAUGUCACUCCUUAGUUGGGGAGACAUCAUACUGUAGGUUACAAUCACUGUAUUAAAUAAACCAACCAUAUAUAAUUAUAUAGUUUUUACUUACGUUCUGAUUUUCCAUCAACUUUAUAUUUUGUCCUUUUAAAUGUCACUGGAAUUACUUAAUUUAUUACAUACAUGUUAUAGCAAAUGUCCAAAAGAGAAAUUGGCCAUAUGACAUAAAAAUCUAGUAUUAAGUGCAGCAGUUAUAGAUACUGGAAUCAAAUACAUAGUCCUUUACAUUUGCUAGUAAUCUUUUUUUUCCAAAUUCACACAGUGCUUCUGGUUCUGGGGGUAUGAAUUGACAGAAAAAUUUAUGAAGGGGAAUUAGAUUAAAAUUUGCAGUGAACAUGAUUCGGAUGAUGGUUAUUUAAAUGAUUCCAACGAAGUCCUCAGCCUUCAGUUUAAGAGCAGGGCUCAGGCCAGGCCUCCCUCUUCUGAUGUAAUUCCAAGUAACAAAAAGUAAAUAGUUCCAAAAGAAUCUGCACCUGGAAUAUUAGCCACCAUAGGCAACUAAGCCAUCCCUGCCACAUCAUUGGGUCCCAGCUGCCUCGCAGGGUCCUAGCAGGUUUACUGAAUGUCCACAGGCACAGGUGGUUCAGUUCUUCCCCAAAUGCAUGCCAUGUGUUCCUGCUAUUCAAUAAAUGAACACUUGUCAAA